UGAUUGUUGUUCACUUUAGAUCACGCAAAAUUAUUCUUUGGUCCGAUUUGUUACAGAUCACUUUCUUCACUAACGACGAGUUUUAUAUGCAUUAAUGAAGUGAAUAAAGUUUAUUUUCGAUAAUUAAUGUAACACCUUUUGUUAACGUACAUAUUUUCGUAAACAAACAAAACAUGUAAAUUGAUGUUAUCCCGUCAUGAAAUCAGUUUGCCAUUACUUUACAUACAUAUUAAGAUAAGAUCACUUUCACUUGUAUGAUUAUUUCCGGCUCUAGGCCGGUAUUGAUUUCAUCUUUGGGGGCAAGGGACAGUAGAUUUGAAAAUUCCACAUAUCUGCGCUGGUACCAGUGCGAAUAAAAUCAUAAAAAAUACAAUUUUGAUUAAUUCGAGGCAAGUUUUGAGCGGAUGUAUUGCAUAUACUUAGCACUUCAUUAUGUGACAUUUUCAGCCUGCCGUUUCUGUUGCUUCUGCGAUAAAAAUGAGUAAAACGCCGGUUUCAGGACACUAAAUUUUGAGGCAAAAAUGGCUCAAAAUGCACACAUUGCGCGACCUGUACCGUAUUAUCUGCAACUGACUGACCUAAAACACAUGUAUAUUUUAAAGCAUGUGACCAGACGACAAUAAUGGUGGGAAUAAAAGUGUCUCUUAACCGUUUACUUUUUCCGCAAAUUUGAGCUGAAUCUGGAUGGACGGAUGACCGUUUCCAUUUCGUCUGACUUCCGUUGCCUCAGAUUCACCACCUUCAAGGAGAGACAUAUAAAGAAGGACUGACAUGUUAGAGAUCCUGGUUCCUGGUUCCUUAACAAGCACGUGUCUUGUUGGUGUGGUUGCCGGGCUCAUCGUAUAUUGGGCGCUACAAAAGUGGAAGUACAAGUAUCCGCCAGGUCCCCCUGGACUCCCUCUCAUUGGAAACGCGCUGCAAAUCGAUCAAAGUAGGCUGCACGAGCAGGCGUUUGAAUGGUCAAAGAAAUAUGGACCGGCGAUAACUGUCGGCGUAGGUCCUAUUCCGUUUGUGUUUGUGAAUACAAUCGACACUGCCAUGGAGGUACUUGUGAAAAGGUCAACAGAUUUUGCCGGACGAAUGCUGACACAUUCACUGGACACAUUUACAUACGGAGGGAAGGACAUUGCCUUUAGCAGCUACGGUCCAACAUGGAAACUCCAAAGGAGAAUUGCUUCCAAAGCCUUACGUCAUUACAUGCAAGGUGAUGCUUUGCAAAACCGAGUCCAUGAUGCAGUCGAAACAGCCUUUGUUGAGAUUGACCACAUAUCUCGAGUGUUCGAUCCAGCGGAAUAUAUCAACUAUAUAGUCGGCAAUAUACUAACAGGACUCUGUUUCGGAGGAAAGUACAGUUUUAAGGACAAAGAGGUGAACUACAUGCUUGAGAAGAAAGAUUUCCUUGCAGAGAGUCUUGGAAUAGGAACAUGGGAAGAUUUUAUUCCCGGACUGAAAUAUCUCUACAAAACAAACGCGUUUAAGGUCGUGGAAGGGUUCGUGAGAGACGUGCAUGAUGGUUAUAUUACAAAUAAGCUGAGAGAGGCUAAGAGAACGUUUGAGAAAGACAACGUCCGUCACUUCACAGACACUCUGAUCCUUGCUCGUACGGAAGCUGUGGAAGAAGAAGGUGCUGCAACACUGAAGUCUCUAACUGACGAACACCUUGUGCAGACGAUAUCCGACAUUUUCUUUGCGGGUAUUGACACGUCGAGAUUUACACUGAAAGCUGCGAUACUACACAUGGUGGCUUUCCCCGACAUACAGGAUAAGGUGCAAGAUGAACUUGACAGAGUUGUAGGCAAGGAUAGACUUCCUGGCAUCAUUGAUCGACCAAAUCUGAGUUACACGGAAGCUGUGUUACAUGAAUGCAUGCGUCUAGGUACAGUUGCUCCAUUAGGAGCACAACAUAAGACCAUUUGUGACACUGAAGUUGCUGGCUAUAGGAUCCCUAAAGGAACAACUGUUGCAAUCAAUCACUGGGCCCUACACCAUGACCCAGAUGCAUGGGAAGAAGUUGAUCGUUUCAUUCCAGAACGAUAUUUGGACUCAAAAGGAAAGCUAGGGCCUAAACCAAACAACUGGUUGCCAUUUUCAGCUGGAAAAAGAGUAUGUCUCGGAGAAUUCGUCGCAAAACCAGAGCUACAUUUGAUCUUUGCGUGCUUGAUGCAGCGUUACAAGUGGAAAAUGGUUUCUGGAAAAUGCCCGGAUUUGACCCAAGUUGGAGGAAUAAACGGUCUCGACUACAAACCCUAUAAGGUCGUCGUAGAAAAGAGAAUCUGAGCAUUAUAAUGCGUUUAGUCUCUUGAAUUCUAAUAUCGUAAAUAUUCCAGUGAGUUUGCUAUACUGUGAUAUGUAGUACUGUCUUAGUUCAUAAACAUUUCUCAACGCCAGUGACAUUACUGUAAAAGCACAUAUUUUUGCUGUGUCAAAAAUUCGCGAGUUUGAAAUUUUAAGUAUGUUCGUGAGGUUUAAUAUUCGCGAAAUUGUUAAAAUGGUAUUCUACUUUAAUUUGAAUUAUACUAAUGGUAAAUAUUUACGCGAGGAUUAGCUUUCGCGAGAUGAAGGGCCUCGCGAAUAAAGCGAAAAUUGAACCCUCGCGAAAAGUUUUCCUAUUACAGUAUAUUUACACGCGCUGUGAUAUAAUACUGUUUGGCAUGAAGUGAUAUUUGAAUGAUAUCAUAACGACAAAAAUCCUGAAUGUCUACGAUGAUGUAGUAUUAUUAUUUCAAUAACCUUGUACUUUGUAAUUCAAAAAAAAUCUCAUGCACUGAAAUAAAGACUGUCUCGUUUAAAUC